AUGGAUAAUUUUAAAAUUCUCGUGUUAGGAGACCUUGGAGUAGGAAAAAGCUCCUUUUUAAAAUUGAUAAGUGAAAGGUUUAAUGAUGUAUAUCCUAUAGAUUUCUUUGAUUAUUUUAUACAUUUAGAUGAAAAAGAAGAAGAGGAAGAAGAAAAGAAAAAAAAAGAAGAAAAGAAAAAGAAUGAUUUUGUAUGUGCAAAAGAUUUGGCUAGUAACACCACUACCAAACAUAAUGUAGAAAAUGUAGUAGAAACCAUAUUUUUCCAGGCAAAAAAAAAUUUUUUACAAUUUAUUGAACAUAAAAUGAAUACUAACAAUUUUAUAUUUGAAGAAACACAUAAAUAUACAUACGGAUUUGAAAUAUAUACUUUAUUAUGGUCCAGGAAUAAUGAGUACAAUAAUAAGUUUAAAAAAAAUAAUCCUUUAAAUAUAAUAAAAAAUAUUGAAAAGAAGUCUAUAAAAGAAAUAUAUUACCACAACAAUGAUAAUAAUAUGUGUUAUAAUAAUAGUAAUAAUAAUAAUAAUAAUACAUGUUAUAAUAAUAAUAUAUGUUAUAAUAAUAAUACAUGUUAUAAUGAUACUGUAUAUGAUUAUAAUAAUCAUACAGAUCUUAAUCUUUCCUCACACUCCAAUGAUAUAAAUAAUUUUUAUAUUAUAGAAUUCUUAGAAAUAGGAGGAAUACAAACAUACUCAUAUAUUCGUAAUAUAUUUUAUGAAAAGGUUGAUGGAAUAUUACUAGUUUACGAUUCUUCGAACAAUAAAUCUUAUCAUAAUUUAGCUAAAUGGUUGUAUGAGUUAUAUAUAAAUACAAAACCACCAUCGGAUGUUUUUUGUGGAGAAAUCAAAAAGAAAAAUUUUCUAUGGAACUUUUUUCACACACAAAAGCAAAAGAAAAAAAAACAAGAUCGCAAAAAGGAUCAAAAUAAAAAUAAAAAUAGAGAUCACAUAAAAAAUCAAGAUAAAAAACUACAUCAAGAUGGGGAACAUUUUGAAUAUGAUAAAAAUAUUUAUAAUAAAUAUAAUUAUGAUAAAGGAAAGAAUAAUACGUUUAAUCAUAAAAAUUCAUACAAAAGGAAAAAUAAUAAUAUGAACCAUGAUAAUUAUGAUAAUUAUGAUAAUUAUGAUAAUUACGAUAAUUAUGAUAAUUACGAUAAUGAAGAUGAUCAAGAUUUUUUCUCUGAUGAUUAUUCUGAUAUAGAAAAGGGUUCUUAUAAAUAUAAUGAAGAUAUAUUAAACGGGAAAAUACCCAUAGCAUGUGUUGCCACAAAAAUUGAUAAAAAAAAUGCAAAAGAAAAACCAGCUUAUGUAAAAACUCCUAGAACUUCUUAUUUUUAUAAUUUGUUUUUCCCUGAUCUUAUAAAUAAUGAUUCCGUAUAUGAUAGUUCAAAUAAUAUCAAAAUUAAAAAACAUAUUCUCAAAAAAUUAGAACAACAUAUUACUGAAGCUAUCGAAAUUAAGGCAAGUUCUAUUGAUUGUGUGGUUGACAUUGAAAGUUUUGUCACCUUCCUAAAAAAUGUUUAUAAUAAAAAAUUUAAUAUUCAGAUGUGUUAA